UUGUGUUGACGUCUGAGACUGCGUUCAAACCAUGGCUUUCCUCAGGGAAAACAAGAAGAAGAUCAUUGUUGGCGUGUUGGCGAUCUCGAUUGUCACCAUCAUCCUCGGACUCGGACUUGGACUGGGUCUGGACCUGCAGAAAUGUCAGAAUAAAGUGGUCCCCCACACAUCAUGCAGGAACCGAUGCUUUGAGCCUUUUGAUGACAAGACUCCAGGCUGCAGAUGUGAUGAAAAUUGUUUGGCCAGCAACAGCUGCUGCUUUGACUUUCAUGACAUCUGCACUGUAGCCACUCAGCAGUGGGAAUGCACGAAGCUCCGCUGUGGAGAGAAGAGGCUAACGGAGAGCAAAUGUCACUGCUCUGACGACUGCGUGUCUGCAGCAGAUUGCUGCACCAACUACAAACACAUCUGCCAUGGAGAGAAAGAGUGGGUAGAGGGCGAGUGUGAGAACCUGUCACCUCCAUCAUGCCCAGCUGGAUUUAAGCGGCCGCCCCUGCUGCUCGUCUCUUUGGACGGACUGAGGGCUGAGUACCUGCACACGUGGCACACCCUCCUCCCGGUUCUGGACAAACUCAGAAAGUGUGGAACAUCAGCUCCAUAUAUGCAGUCGGCAUUUCCCAGCAAGACAUUCCCAAACCACUACACUAUUGUCACGGGUUUAUAUCCAGAGGCCAAUGGUUUGAUUGACAAUGAGAUGUACGACCCGGUAUUUGACGCCACCUUCAGUCUGUCCAAUUCAGAGAAGGACAAUCCUCGCUGGUACCUCGGCCAGCCUAUCUGGCACACCGCCCGAUACCAGGGGCUGAAGUCCGGCACUUAUUUCUGGCCGGGAUCAGACGUGAAGAUCAAUGGGAGUUUCCCUGACCUCUGUGUGCCGUACAACGGCAAAGUGCCGUUUGAAGAAAGAGUUUUCACUUUGCUGAAGUGGCUGCAGCUGCCUGAUGACCAAAGACCAGAUUUCUACACGUUGUACCUGGAGGAGCCGGACAAAUCCGGACACAAGUUCGGUCCUCUCAGCGGAGGGCUGAUAGCAGCAAUCCAGGGUGUGGACCGGAUCAUUCGACAUCUCAUGAACGGCCUGAAGCAAAUUGGUCUGCACCGCUGUAUUAACAUUAUCGUCGUGGCCGAUCACGUGAACUCAGCUGAACUCGUGGCGAACAUGGCGAUCUGGCACACCGCCCGAUACCAGGGGCUGAAGUCCGGCACUUAUUUCUGGCCGGGAUCAGACGUGAAGAUCAAUGGGAGUUUCCCUGACCUCUGUGUGCCGUACAACGGCAAAGUGCCGUUUGAAGAAAGAGUUUUCACUUUGCUGAAGUGGCUGCAGCUGCCUGAUGACCAAAGACCAGAUUUCUACACGUUGUACCUGGAGGAGCCGGACAAAUCCGGACACAAGUUCGGUCCUCUCAGCGGAGGGCUGAUAGCAGCAAUCCAGGGUGUGGACCGGAUCAUUCGACAUCUCAUGAACGGCCUGAAGCAAAUUGGUCUGCACCGCUGUAUUAACAUUAUCGUCGUGGCCGAUCACGGUAUGGAGGAGAUAAGCUGCAGCAGGACAGAGGCACUGCAGGAGCUGGUGGGGGACAUCAGUCCUUACUGGGUUAUCGAGGGACCAUUCGGACGCAUCAGAGCCAAGAAUCAAAACACAGUGUUGAACUCAGCUGAACUCGUGGCGAACAUGGCGUGUCAGAAGCCAGAUCAAAACAUCAAACCAUACCUGAAGGCUAACUUACCAAAACGGCUUCACUUUGCCAACAGUCGUCGCAUUGAGGACGUCAGUGUCUUGGUCAACCCAAAAUGGCUGUUUGAGAGAUAUCCAGGUUCUCUUAGGUUCUGUUCUGGUGGGAAUCACGGAUACGAUAAUGAUGUCGAGAGCAUGAACGCUAUGUUCCUCAGUUAUGGACCCCAGUUUCAUUCCAAGACAGAAAUUGAACCUUUUUCCAACAUUGAGCUCUACAACCUGAUGUGUGAUGUGCUUCAGAUCUCUCCCAUGGAGAACAACGGGACCCAUGGCAGUUUGAACCACAUCCUCAGGCAGCCCACUUACUCACCAGUGCCCCCUACAGAACAGAGCCGGCCUGAGCAGUGUCCACUACUGAGCCUGGAGCCUGAAGACAGUCUGGGAUGCUUCUGUCCUGCACUGAGCGGGAACACCAUCAACAGUCGUCUGAAUCUGACAGCACAAGAAGUGGAUGAUGCAAAGAAGAAACACUUGCUGUUUGGCCGUCCUCAGAUGCUGCAGAAAGGCAGCAGUUACUGCGUUCUGUACCAACACGGAUUCAUCAGCGCCUACAGCCACAGCGCCCUCAUGCCACUGUGGAGCUCCUUCACCGUCAAUAAGCCAGAGGACUUGGACCCUUUGCCGCCAGUUACACCAGACUGUUUGAGGGCUGACGUCAGGCUUCGCCCAUCCCACAGUCCCACAUGUCAUGAGUACAACCGUACUGGGAACCUGACUUACGCCUUCCUGUAUCCUCCCAAUUUGAACAAGACAGCAGAUGAGCAGUUUGAUGCCCUUCUGAUGAGUAACGUGGUGCCGAUGUAUCCCGCGUUUAAGAAGAUUUGGAACUACUUCCAGAGCACCCUGUUAAAGAAAUAUGCCUCUGAUUAUAACGGCAUCAACGUAGUAACAGGGCCAGUCUUUGAUUAUAACUACGAUGGCAAGUACGACACUCCAGAACAGAUCCAACAGUUCAUCUCUAACACCAGCAUCCCCAUCCCGACACAUUACUUUGCCAUUCUGACCAGCUGCAGGAACUCGUCUCAGGCCGUCAACACCUGCAAUGGCGAGCUCCAAACCGUUUCCUUCAUGCUGCCUCACAGACCAGACAACUCGGAGAGCUGCAAAAGCGCUGAAGCAGAAUCUCAUUGGGUGGAAGAGCUGAUGUGGUUCCAUCAAGCCCGAGUCAAAGAUGUGGAAUGGCUCACAGGCCUGGACCUUUACCAGGAAAACACAGAAGGUUCCCAGCUUCUGCAGCUUAAGACCCGUCCCACUGUCUCCAUUCACAGGAAAUUAACAGUUUGA